AAGAAGAAGAUAAUCUAAUGUGUGACCUCACUUCCGGCGUUCUGCUUGUGCAUUUUCAUAAUCGUCCGCUGUUCUGGUUGAGAAGGCCAAAUAGCGACUGUCCGUGGACUUCUUUAAGAUGUCUGCAGCAUUACGUCUGCUCUACACCGUAUCCAGGCCAGGGUCAUUACUGGCCAGUCAAAAUCUUGCACGUCCUCUCAGCCUAUCAGCGCACAGAGCGGGGAUCAAGUAUGUCAACAAUGAGGAGGAAGCUACAGAUAUGAAGUCUAUCACGGACCGUGCGGCUCAGACUCUUCUGUGGACAGAGCUGUUCAGAGGUUUGGGAAUGACUAUGAGCUAUCUCUUCCGUGAGCCUGCCACAAUUAACUACCCAUUCGAGAAGGGCCCUCUUUCUCCCCGUUUCCGUGGUGAACAUGCACUGCGCAGGUAUCCCUCUGGAGAGGAGCGUUGCAUUGCGUGUAAACUAUGUGAGGCCAUCUGCCCAGCACAGGCCAUCACAAUUGAGGCAGAGCCUCGUGCUGAUGGCAGCAGGCGAACAACGCGCUAUGACAUAGACAUGACCAAAUGCAUCUACUGUGGCUUUUGCCAGGAAGCUUGCCCUGUAGAUGCCAUUGUAGAGGGCCCCAACUUUGAGUUCUCCACAGAGACUCACGAGGAACUGCUGUAUAAUAAGGAGAAACUCCUCAACAAUGGAGACAAGUGGGAGGCUGAGAUUGCUGCCAACAUCCAGGCUGACUAUCUGUACAGAUAAACAGUAAUACAGGCUGUCUUAUUUCAACACAGACAGUGAAAUAAAAGCAAUUACCAAUAGUCAAAUAUUCAAUGGAAUAAGGUAGAUUUGGUUUUAGACCGUUAUGCUGAGUGCAUCUUGAAGCCCAGAGACUGAUUAUUUUGAAGGUGCACAUUCUGAUUUCUCUUUCAGUGUGAACAUACUGUUUAACUUCAACCUUCACACAUUCAUGUCCAUAAAACACAGUCUUAUAGUGGUGCCUCAUACUGAAACAUGUCUUUGUACAUCAGAGCUCUAAUUUUUAGCAGAGCCUAAUGACAGGCAAACCUAGUUGUUCUGGAAAACUGAAAUGGGUGAUGCACCAUUGUAAGGCCCAAGUUAAAUCCUCAUUUCAAGACCGACGAUCCAUCCUCCCCACUUUCUCCCUUCUUCCUUGGAUAUUCUGUCUGUCUAGAGGAUUUAAAUGAAGGAAGAAGUGUUACAAAUAAAAGCUCUUCAGCAAGUGUGUUCCUUACAGAUAAACAGUUUUGUUUGUCCUUGUGAGAAUUGUACAAAGACGAAAUACUUGUGGACCGUGUGUAAUGAAUAAAUUAAUACUCUAUCCAAACC